GGAAGAGGAAGCGGAGGGACAGAGGCGGAUCAAGGCUGAGCAGCAGGAAGCACGCGGUCGAGCCCUCCGUGCAUUCGCAGCCCCCACCUGUGGGAUCAUCGCCCCCCAUGGCGCAGGAUUUCCCAUUGCCGUCUCUUGUGAGGCUGUGAGGAAGAUGUCCCUGGACACUGAGGCAGAGCAGGAGCUGAGGAUGGAGAGCAGGGAGGACAAAUCCCCGUGGCAGAACCUCGUGGCAGAGGCCAUUUUGAGCAGCUCCAUGGCGCAGGAACCCAACGGGGAGGAAAAGCCCCGGAGAUGCCGCACGAGGAGGGGCUGCAAACGCAGAUGGCGGGGAUCUGAGGGGGAAAGAGCCAGCCUGGGCCGGGAAGGCGGCCGGAGAUGGAGCCAGAGCUCGGAGCUGGUGGUCCAUGAGGAGGUUCCUGAUGGGGAGAAGCCCCACAAGUGCUUGGAGUGUGGGAGGGGCUUCCAGAUAAGCUCCAACCUGAUCCGGCACCAGAGGAGCCACACUGGGGAACGGCCCUACGAGUGUGAUCAGUGCAGGAAGAGGUUUCGGAGCAGCUCCAGUCUCCUCGUGCACCAGCGCACACACACACAGGAGAGGCCCUUCCGCUGCCCCGACUGCGGGCAGGGCUUCAGGCAGAGCUUCCAUCUUGUCUGGCACCGGUGA